AGAAAGUGCGAGUAUCACUCUCCUCCAAAGUCAAAAAGAAAUCCUUCCAUGGCGGCCGAACACAGUUGGUAAUUUACUCCCGUUCAUCCCUUUUUGUCCCAGGCUUCCCUUUACAUUAUAUAAAAAAAUACAGCUUUAUGAGAAUAAAGAGACUUGCGAGUUGAAAUUGGCACUCACUUGGUUCAUACACACCAGCUGCUCACACACCUCGUUCUAUCCAAUUGACGCACCUGAGAUGCAGCGUCACUCUUCAGGCCAAACCGACCGGGUUUCAUUCCUGAAGUCACAGCAGCACAGUCGCAUGGCGUGGCGCAAUCCACCACCCUAACACAACCCCAUCUGAAUACCAGUUCUGGCUUCAAAGAUAGCUAUAAUUACGCAUAUGGCCCUUUGUUCCUGCUCACGGACCGGAGCAGUCGACUUCAUGACUGUAGCAUGGUGCUGCUGUGGCAUACGUUAAAGGACAACGUUUGAUAUCUGGGGACUUGAGAGCACAACAGGUCAGCCAUCUUCAGUGAGUCACCUUUACCAAUGUGUGAAAGAAGAGGAAAGAUAACCGGACAGAGAAAACCUUCUUGACAUCCGUAGCCUUCGCUUAUUCUCCAGCCCAACCAUGAGGGACAGACUGAGCAACCUGCAGGAAAUGUCCAACAACCAUGUGGAGCAGAUGGAGUACGCAGACUCCACUGUCUCCGACACCUUAAGCAACGUGGACCUGGAAGAGGAGCUGACCCAUGAGGCGGUGGUGUUCGACAACAGCCCUGCUCUGGAGGGGAUCUUUUCCCAGUCACAGGAUAUCCACAGAGAGAUCCAGCUCAUCCGCCUGGAGAUCAAAAGGCUCCGUGAGCAGAACUCUCGCAUGGGCACGGGUGUCACCACCUUGAGCGUUAUCAAAAGGGACUCCAACGCCAUUGGUGCUGAUAUAAAGGCUCGGGCUGAGGGUGUACUGGUACACCUGCGGGAAAUGGACGACUCAGCCCACAAGCUAGGAGAAGAAUAUGGCCUGAAUUCUGCCACCAACCGCAUUGCCAGAACCCAGUAUGCUUGCCUCAGCAACGGUUUCCGCGAUGCCAUGUUUGACUAUAACGAGGCCGAGAUGAGUCAUCGGGAGAACUGUAAAGCCCAGAUCCAGAGGCAAAUGGAGAUAGUGGGACGUGAGGUGACAGGAGAAGAGGUGGAGGAGAUGAUUGAGAAAGGUCAGUGGAACAUCUUUACCGACAACAUUAUGGCCGAAGGUAAAACGGCUCGAUCAGCUUUGUCCCAGAUUGAGAAACGUCACCAAGAGCUGGUGGACCUGGAGACCCGUAUCAACGCCAUCCACGAGAUCUUCCUGGACAUCGCCAUGCUGGUGGAGGAGCAGGGCCCCAUGCUGACCACCAUCCAAACCAACGUUCAGAAAACCGACGAAGGCAUACAGGAGGCCCUCGUCAAACUCGGCAGGGCCAAACGUCAUGACAAGAACAACCCCUUUAAAAAGAUGUUUUGCAGCUGUUUCCCAUGUGUUGACUGAUGACUGUGCAGUACAGAGAUGGUAGAGGGAGAGAAAAAAAAAAUGUGCUGUCUAGACAAAGACAAGGGGGGAAAUCUAAAGAACAAUAAGCAUUUUUCUGUAUGUAUCAUUAGAAUAACUUCUUAUUGUCACAAAGUCUUCAUCAACAUGGCCUUUAGAGUUAUUGCAUAAUAUCUUUCCAGGAAGUAAAAUAAAGGUUUCAUAGAAAGGUUGAAUCUUUGUGUCUGUCUAGAUUGAGAAACAAAGGUUAAGUAUUUUACAAUUGUAUUAAAGUGAGCCAUUGAUUGAUCAUGCAGACGUGAAAAAAAUGGUAUCUGAAAAUAUAUUGUUCAAGUUUUUGUAGCCUGCUGAUUUUUCCACAACAACACAGUGACUGUCAGAAACAUUUUUAUAAAAUUGAGAUGCAGGUUGGAGCUGGGCAAGCUGUCUGACCCGGUGGUUUUCUGUUACAGUAAACUAAAGCCUAAAGAAAUACUAUUAUAUACAACUUUAUUCAGACUAUUGUUACCUAAGAUUAUUUUAUAGUGUCUGAAGUCAUUCAGGUCAAAUAAUUUAUCACUACAUGUCAAAGCACUGGUUAAAAUGGAUGUCCUAGAGGUACGGCUCAAUGAAAUUGUACAGUUUAGUGGUUCUUGAUUGGAUUGUUUAUAUUUUCUACAAUACUAUAUAAACGUAUAAAUUAUAAAAAUUGGUUUGGUUGAAAGUAACUAGCCAUUCUCAAAAUCCUCCACCUUUUUCUGAUAUCUACCGUCUUAUUUGAGGACACUAGAA